AGAAGGAGGAAGAGGAGAAGUAGACUGAGACAGCUAGCUAGCUAGCUUGUACUAGCAUUAAAAACAAAUGUGAUUUUUCUGUUUAUGCGUGGGGGGGAAAAAAAAGUGUGAUUAAAAUGCAAAUUGUGUAACUGCUCGCUGUAUUUAGACACGAGAUAAAUAUCUUGCCAGUCAUCCAGCUAGCCGAACGUGCUAGCUGGUUUAGCUCAGCUGUCAGCGGCUUGUUUUGUUCUCUGUGAAAGUGGCAGCCUCCGUUAUAACACAUGAGUGUGUCACUGGUCGUUAUUCGAUUGGAGUUAGCCGACCAGUCACCUUUUCCGCAAGGUUUCCAGUACUGCGCUGUUGAAGGCAUGUCAGAGGAGGAGCUGCAGGAGAAAGCUCUGGGUUUAGCCAAACACACUCUGAGUGGAAAAACCGACCUGGAAAGAACAGCUGUACUGCACCAGCACAUCGGCAGCAGAGCCAUGGGGGACAUGGUGAUAGAGACCUUUGAGUCCAGCCCAAGCGGCCGUGAGGAGCAGGACAGUGAACUUCAGGAUGAAAAGACUGAUGUAGGCAGUCAGGAAGGCACAGAGGACAGCAGCUUUGUGACAGGCGCAGCUCCAGACUCACCCUCCAAGCAACUGCCAGACCAGAUCUCUUUCUUCAGCGGGAACCCCUCAGUGGAGAUCAUUCAUGGUAUCAUGCACCUCUACAAGACCAACAAAAUGACAUCACUGACUGAAGAUUUCAGGCGCAGCGCUAUGGUGUGCAUCCUCACUGUUCCAGCCACCAUGACCAGCCAUGACCUCAUGAAGCUCAUGGCUCCUUUUAAUGAUGUCAUGGAGCACAUGAAAAUCAUACGUGACUCCACCCCUAACCAGUACAUGGUUCUGAUUAAAUUCUGCACGCAGGCAGAUGCAGACAGUUUUUACACAGCGUGCAAUGGCCGCCAGUUCAACUCUAUAGAGGAAGCAGUGUGCCAGCUGGUCUAUGUGGAGCGAGCGGAGGUUAUCAAGUCUGAAGAAGGAGCCAGUCUACCAGUGAUGGAGCUGACUGAGCUGCCCAAGUGCACUGUGUGCCUGGAGAGAAUGGACGAGUCUGUCAAUGGCGUCCUCACCACUCUGUGUAACCACAGCUUUCACAGCCAGUGUCUCCAGCGGUGGGAAGAUGCCUCCUGUCCUGUGUGUAGAUACUGUCAAACACCAGAACCAGUUGAAGAGAACAAAUGCUUUGAGUGCGGCGUGCAGGAGAAUCUGUGGAUAUGUUUGAUCUGCGGGCAUAUUGGUUGUGGUCGCUACGUUAGCCGGCAUGCCUACAAGCACUUUGAGGAAACACAACAUACCUACGCUAUGCAGCUCACCAACCAUCGAGUCUGGGACUACGCAGGAGAUAACUAUGUACAUCGGCUUGUGGCCAGUAAGACUGACGGGAAGAUGGUGCAGUAUGAAUGUGAGGGAGACACCUGCCAAGCAGAGAAAAUCGAUGCACUCCAGCUAGAGUACUCAUACCUGCUGACAAGUCAGCUCGAGUCUCAGAGGAUUUACUGGGAGAAUAAGAUUGUUCAUCUGGAGAAGGAGACAGCUGAAGAGAUAAACAACAUGAAAGCGAAAUUUAAGGAGACGUUGGAGCGCUGUGAUAACUUAGAGCGACGGCUGGGAGACAUGACCAAAGAGAAGCAGAGCAUAGACAAAAAGUGCACUCAGCUGAACAGUCGAGUGGUGAAGCUGAGCCAAGAGCUGAAGGAGGAGCAGGAGAUGAACCGCUGUCUCAGAGCCAACCAGGCACAGCUGCAGGCACAGCUGGCAGAGGAGGAACGCAAAGCAAAAGAAAGCGAAGAUCAUAAAGAUGGGACAAUAGCAGAGCUGCAGGAGCAGCUGAGAGACGUGAUGUUUUAUCUGGAGACCCAGCAGCAGAUUGAACACCUGCCCCCGGAGGCUCGCAGUGAAAUCCAAGAGGGACAGAUCAACAUCCCAGCCAGCCCAUCUGACAGCGCUCUGGGUUCUGCAGGAGCAGGCCCCUCCUCUGGCAGGGGCAGAAGAGGCCGGGGAAGGAAGAGGAAGUAGGCGCGGGCUAAACACAACCGGAAUAUGCUAGAAACUUUAUCGCUGCCUCUCACUGUGGACAGAUGUUUGUGAUUGAGCCCUGUCUUUUUGUUCACAUGUGUUUGCAUUAUUGUAGUUCUUCAUAAAGUAAAGACAGGAGGAUGUAACUUCUUGAAGAAAUAUGAAAUAGUGAUGACAUUUACCUGCACAUUUUCCUAGCUUAACUUAAAGUAGCUCCUACAAGAAAAGUGGAGUGUGUGGAACGAUCGCUCAGCCACUGAAGACAUCAGUGUGAUGUAAAUGUUCUCUGCUCUUUCCAAAACUUAAGAGUAUCUAUUUUGGUCAUAUUUUAUAUUUAUUUGAUCAAAAAUAUGUGCCCAGAUUUUGCCAUCUUAUAGUACUUCUUAUCAAAGGCUGCGUGCUCUUUUUAUUGCUUUAAAAUGUAAAGAUGUUCAUUUUACGAUUGAGGAGUGUCGAGGAAAAUUGUGGCCACAUUUUCUCAUUUUUCCUGGAAUAUUUUAGACUCUGCUUUUUCGUCUGAUCUUCAGUACAGUGUUGAAAUGGGUUUGGGGGUUUUACACAUAAAUAAACACUCCUAAGGAUGACAAAUGGAGAAUGUGGAGGAGAAAUGCCUUUCUCAGCAGUGCAUGGUUCGGGGAAGCCCGGGGUACAGGAGUCAGAGCGCACAGAGCUUUUUGGGUGAGGAGCAGGAAGCCUGUUUUGCCAUGUUUUCCCCAUGUACGUCAGUGAUUCCCAACCACUCGGACAACAGUGGUUUACAGUGUUACCAAGAAGGAGUUCAAAGGAUUGUGUUGCUUAGAUUAAUUGAAAGGUCGAAAUCAUGAUUUACUGGCACCUCCCAUCAACCUAAUAUUAUCCCAGCAUCCCAUAUUUUCCAGCUAAGUUCCUGAAAAUCUUUCUCAGAAUUUCUUCUAAAAUCCCUCCAUAUUCCAAAGACAGUUGCUCUUAACUCUAAGAACUAUAAGGUUGUUUACACUUUUGUUUAAAACUCUAAUAUUACAACUGGCUGCUGAACAAACUCUUUAAUUAUAAAACCAAUCCAUCCACAGCCUUCUAAGAAAUGUGCUGGUAAUUAUAUACACACUAGUUAGAGUUGACAACUGAAGUUAUCUGGUUAAUAAUUGUGGUAUUUAAUAUACGGAAGAUAUGAUCGUCUUCCAGAUUCUAACACUAUUUGCGCUACAGUGAUCGAUCCAUUCUUUCAUUUAAAAUUUGUCUUUAAGGGUUUGAAUUACAAAUACUUGGUGUCAUUUGAUGCCAUCAACCUUAAGCUCUUAUAAGUGAUAAGCAUCUAUUUAAUUAUGCCAUAUAGGCAUCAAGAUAUGUAGAAAAAUAAUGAUGUUGAAAACACUGGAGCCAUCUGUGGCACAUCUGUCACAAUCCUGACCGUGGCAUAGUAACCCAGAUGAAAUGAGGAAUAGCAUGAAGUGACUCAGCCCCGCUCCUUUAAUUACUAUGAAUAUUUCACUUGCAGAAUGUUCACAAUGAAGUUUUAGAUGGAUCCCAGAGGCCUUAAUUAAAAAUUGUGGUGUAGAAAGCAUGUGGAUUUUAAUAAACAGCCAGCUCAAAUUAUAUCCGAUGUGCGAGAGCAAGUGCUUUCAGAGAGAUUAAAUGAUUUGUAGGUGGGGGGUUUUUUGGACCCCAGAGGCUUUCAUUGAACAAGAUAUGGCAAAUCAUGCUACUGAAAACAUCAUUAUAGUUCACAAGAAAAUGGUGUUCUGAAUGUUUGGGGGGUUUUUGCCAUGAAAGUGUUCAGUUUUUGUUGUUAACACUAAAACUGUCCUCGCACUUAAAAUAAAAAGUUUUCUAAACUUGUAGCUG